CAUCAUGUUGAUCUAGGUGGAGUACAUCACAAGCAGGCGACCGAGCAAGGAAUCUAUCAGCAAGACAUCGAUCGCUUUGAUCAGAGUUUGCAGCGAUACAGCGGAGCAGGAAAUGGGGUCCUAUUGCCUCUUUUUGACGCAGAUGAGGCGGCUGCAGAGGAAGCCCUUAGUCGAUAUUUGGAAGUAGACGAGAUUUCAGUGGUUUGCAAUGCUCAGAAAAACGGACGAGAUCAUCAAGUAGAAGCUGCAAGAGGACGAGCAACAGGUCUAGCACCAAGCCGUUUGCGCCACGAACCGCAGCCCAGACGUCCUCCUGCUGCACAAAGCUCUAGUACCACGACUCCCGAGGCUCCUGCGAUGCCGUACACAAGUAUGUUGAAGCCACCACAACAACAGAAGUCUUCCUUGUUAUCGAUGCCUCAGACCACAGCAGAUCCACAUCCUUGUAGUACAUCCCGAUCCCCAGCUCCGUCUUCAGUACCGACAACUCAUCUGCCUCAUUGUUGCAGCGACGAUCUAUCCACAACCGCAUGUUCAAUUAAGGGUUGAAACAUUUCAUAUUUGUACGCAUGAUUUGGCACAUUUCAAGAAGAAACGUGUCAAAUAUGUAGGGCAAGUAUGAACUGUUUCAACCUUAAACUCAAGCCAGC